CCUCAGUCGUCUCUUGCUCGUUUUCCUCACUCCGGGCCGGGCCCAGCCGGCGCCGCCGCGGCUUGGCGCUGCCGGCCAAGAUGGCGGCCUUCGGCAUCCUGAGCUACGAGCACCGGCCGCUGAAGCGGCCGCGGCUGGGCCCGCCCGACGUCUACCCUCAGGACCCCAAGCAGAAGGAGGACGAGCUGACUGCCCUGAACGUGAAGCAGGGCUUCAACAACCAGCCCGCGGUGUCCGGCGAUGAGCACGGCAGCGCCAAGAACGUCAACUUCAACCCAGCCAAGAUCAGCUCCAACUUUAGCAGCAUCAUUGCAGAGAAACUUCGCUGUAACACCCUACCGGACAUGGGGCGCAGAAAGCCCCAAGUGAAUCAGAAAGAUAACUUUUGGCUGGUCACUGCACGUUCCCAGAGCGCCAUCCAUGCCUGGUUCACAGACUUGGCUGGCACCAAGCCACUCACACACUUAGCCAAAAAGGUACCCAUUUUCGGUAAGAAGGAGGAAGUGUUUGGCUAUUUGGCUAAGUAUACAGUCCCAGUGAUGAGGGCUGCCUGGCUCAUCAAGAUGACUUGUGCCUACUAUGCGGCAAUCACAGAGACCAAGGUCAAGAAGAAGCACGUCAUUGACCCCUUCGUGGAGUGGACCCAAAUCAUCACCAAGUAUCUGUGGGAGCAGCUACAGAAGAUGGCUGAGUUCUACCGGCCAGGGCCUGGGAGCUGUGCUUCUUCCUCAGGGUCUCUCCCCCAUGAGGUGGAGACAGCCCUCCGGCAGUGGGACUACAAUGAGAAGCUGGCUAUGUUCAUGUUCCAGGAUGGGAUGCUGGACCGCCAUGAAUUCCUGACUUGGGUCCUCGAGUGUUUUGAGAAAAUCCGGCCUGGAGAAGAUGAGCUGCUUAAGCUGCUGCUGCCCCUGCUGCUGAGGUAUUCAGGGGAAUUUGUUCAGUCUGCAUACCUUUCUCGCCGCCUUGCUUAUUUCUGUACUCGGAGACUGGCCCUGCAGCUGGAUGGUGUGAGCAGCCACCUUCCCCAUGUACUUGCCACUCAGCCCAGCAGCACAUUGCCACCGACCCCUGCUCCUCAACCCCCAGCUGGCAGCCAGCCCUCCACACCCUUUGGGGAAUUGCUGCAGUGUCCUCAGCAUCGACCUCUGGUUUUUGGGCUCAGCUGCAUCCUUCAGAGCAUCCUUCUCUGCUGCCCCAGUGCCCUAGUCUGGCACUACUCACUGACUGACAGCAGGAUUAAGACCGGCUCACCUCUUGACCACCUGCCUAUUGCUCCCUCCAAUUUGCCCAUGCCUGGGGGCAACUCUGCCUUCACUCAACAGGUCCGGGCCAAAUUACGUGAAAUUGAACAACAGAUCAAGGAGCGGGGCCAGGCCGUGGAAGUGCGCUGGUCCUUCGACAAAUGCCAAGAGACAACUGCAGGGUUCACCAUCGGCCGGGUGCUUCACACUUUGGAAGUGCUGGACAGCCACAGCUUUGAGCGUUCCGACUUCAGCAAUUCCCUGGACUCCUUGUGUAAUCGCAUCUUUGGACUAGGGCCCAGUAAAGAUGGCCAUGAGAUCUCCCCAGAUGAUGAUGCUGUGGUGGCACUACUGUGUGAAUGGGCCGUCAGCUGCAAACGUUCUGGCCGCCACCGAGCUAUGGUGGUUGCCAAGCUGUUGGAGAAGAGACAGGCAGAGAUUGAGGCAGAGCGCUGUGGUGAGUCCGAGGCAGUGGAUGAGAAGGGCUCCAUCUCGUCGGCCUCGCUGUCUGCUCCCACUGCUCCCAUUUUCCAGGACGUCCUGUUGCAGUUCUUGGACACCCAGGCUCCCAUGCUAACUGAUCCGAGAAGCGAGAGCGAGAGGGUGGAGUUCUUCAACCUGGUGCUCCUAUUCUGUGAGCUGAUCCGCCAUGACGUCUUCUCCCACAAUAUCUACACCUGCACCCUCAUCUCUCGAGGUGACCUGGCAUUUGGAGCACCGGGGCCCCGCCCCCCCUCUCCUUUUGAUGACCCCCCAGAUGACCCUGAGCGGAAGGAUGCUGAGGGCAGCAGCAGCAGCAAGCUCGAGGACCCCGGACUGUCCGAGGCUAUGGACGUUGACCCCGGGUCCAGUGCACUCUUCGAGGACAUGGAGAAGCCUGACUUCUCGAUGUUCUCUCCCACUAUGCACUGCGAGGGGAAAGGCAGCCCAUCCCCUGAGAAACCAGAUGGGGAGAAAGAAAUGAAACCACUACUUAAGGAAAAAGUGGAGGGGACCUUGGGGGUUCUCUAUGAGCAGCCACGCCAUGUGCAGUAUGCCACGCACUUCCCCAUCCCCCAGGAGGAGGCCUGCAGCCACGAGUGCAACCAGCGCCUCGUGGUCCUGUUUGGGGUAGGAAAACAGAGAGAUGAUGCCCGCCAUGCCAUCAAGAAGAUUACCAAGGACAUCCUCAAAGUGCUGAACCGCAAGGGCACAGCUGAGACCGGUGGGGAAGACAGCCAGAAGAGGAGGCGUACUCGGCCUGAAGCCUUCCCCACGGCUGAGGACAUAUUCUCCAAAUUCCAACAUCUUUCACAUUACGAUCAACACCAGGUCACAGCUCAGGUCUCCCGGAAUGUCCUGGAGCAGAUCACAAGCUUUGCCCUUGGCAUGUCAUACCACCUGCCCUUGGUACAGCACGUACAGUUCAUUUUCGACCUCAUGGAAUAUUCACUCAGCAUCAGUGGCCUCAUCGACUUUGCUAUCCAGCUGCUGAACGAACUGAGCGUGGUGGAGGCUGAGCUGCUUCUCAAGUCUUCGGACCUCGUGGGCAGCUAUACUACCAGCCUGUGCCUGUGUAUCGUGGCUGUGCUGAGGCACUACCAUGCCUGCCUCAUCCUCAAUCAAGACCAGAUGGCCCAGGUCUUUGAGGGCCUUUGCGGGGUGGUAAAGCACGGCAUGAACCGCUCGGAUGGCUCCUCUGCAGAACGCUGCAUCCUAGCCUAUCUCUAUGAUCUGUACACCUCUUGCAGCCACUUAAAGAGCAAGUUUGGGGAGCUCUUCAGUGACUUCUGCUCAAAGGUUAAGAACACUAUCUACUGCAAUGUGGAGCCCUCUGAGUCAAACAUGCGAUGGGCCCCCGAGUUCAUGAUCGACACGCUGGAGAACCCAGCGGCACACACUUUCACCUACUACACCGGGCUGGGCAAGAGCCUCAGCGAGAACCCCGCCAACAGAUACAGCUUUGUCUGCAAUGCCCUCAUGCAUGUGUGUGUGGGCCACCAUGAUCCUGACCGGGUGAAUGACAUUGCCAUCCUGUGUGCCGAACUGACUGGUUACUGCAAGGCCCUGAGUGCAGAAUGGCUCGGGGUUCUGAAGGCUUUGUGCUGCUCUUCUAAUAAUGGUACCUGUGGCUUCAAUGACCUGCUCUGCAAUGUCGAUGUCAGUGACCUGUCUUUUCAUGACUCCCUUGCCACCUUUGUUGCCAUCCUUAUUGCCCGGCAGUGCCUGCUCUUAGAGGACCUCAUCCGCUGUGCAGCCAUCCCCUCCCUGCUCAAUGCUGCUUGCAGUGAACAGGACUCUGAACCGGGUGCCCGCCUCACCUGCCGAAUCCUGCUCCACCUUUUUAAGACGCCUCAACUCAAUCCCUGCCAGGCUGAUGGCAACAAGCCCGCUGUUGGGAUCCGUUCCUCCUGUGAUCGGCACCUGUUGGCUGCCUCCCAGAACCGCAUUGUAGAUGGGGCUGUGUUUGCUGUGCUCAAGGCUGUGUUUGUGCUUGGAGAUGCUGAGUUGAAGGGCUCAGGCUUCGCCUUAGCAGGGGGAGCAGACGAGCUCCCCGAGGAGGAGGGUGGGGGUGGCCGGAGGCCUGGGGGCCGAAGCUUCUCAGUGGAGACAGCCAGUCUGGACGUUUAUGCCAAGUACGUGCUGCGCAGCAUCUGCCAGCAGGAGUGGGUGGGAGAACGCUGCCUCAAGUCUUUAUGUGAAGACAGCAACGACCUCCAAGACCCCGUGCUGAGUAGCGCCCAGGCCCAGCGCCUCAUGCAGCUCAUCUGCUACCCACAUCGGCUGCUCGACAACGAGGAUGGAGACAACCCCCAACGGCAGCGCAUCAAGCGCAUUCUCCAGAAUCUGGACCAGUGGACUAUGCGGCAGUCCUCCCUGGAACUACAACUCAUGAUCAAACAGACCCCUAACAAUGAGAUGAACUCCCUCCUGGAGAACAUUGCCAAGGCUACCAUUGAGGUUUUCCAGCAGUCAGCAGAGACGGGGGCAGCCGCAGGGGGGCCUGCUGCCACCGUGCCCCCCAGCAGCAACAAGGCUAAGCCUGUUCUCAGCUCCCUGGAGCGCUCUGGGGUGUGGCUAGUGGCUCCGCUCAUUGCCAAGCUACCCACCUCAGUGCAGGGCCACGUCCUCAAAGCAGCUGGGGAGGAGCUGGAGAAGGGACAACACCUGGGCUCUUCCUCCCGCAAGGAGCGGGACAGGCAGAAACAGAAGAGCAUGUCCCUCCUGAGCCAGCAGCCCUUCUUGUCCCUGGUGCUGACUUGUCUGAAAGGGCAGGAUGAGCAGCGUGAAGGCCUCCUAACCUCUCUCUACAGCCAGGUGCGCCAGAUUGUUAACAACUGGCGGGACGACCAAUACUUGGACAAUUGUAAGCCCAAGCAGCUGAUGCAUGAGGCCCUCAAGCUGAGGCUUAACCUGGUGGGGGGCAUGUUUGACACAGUCCAGCGAAGCACCCAACAGACCACCGAGUGGGCCGUACUGCUCCUGGAGAUUAUCAUUAGCGGCACUGUGGACAUGCAGUCUAACAAUGAGCUCUUCACUACCGUGCUGGAUAUGCUGAGUGUGCUGAUCAAUGGGACAUUGGCCGCAGACAUGUCCAGCAUUUCUCAGGGAAGCAUGGAAGAAAACAAACGGGCAUACAUGAAUUUGGUGAAGAAAUUACGGAAGGAGCUAGGAGAACGCCAAUCUGACAGCCUGGAAAAGGUCCGCCAGCUCCUGCCGCUGCCCAAGCAGACACGAGACGUCAUCACCUGCGAGCCACAGGGCUCCCUCAUUGACACCAAAGGCAAUAAGAUUGCUGGCUUUGAUUCCAUCUUCAAGAAGGAGGGCCUCCAAGUCUCCACCAAGCAGAAGAUCUCUCCUUGGGAUCUAUUCGAAGGACUGAAGCCAUCGGCACCACUGUCCUGGGGCUGGUUUGGGACCGUGCGUGUAGACCGGCGGGUGGCAAGGGGGGAAGAGCAGCAGCGGCUCUUGCUCUACCAUACCCACCUGCGGCCUCGGCCCCGGACCUACUACCUGGAACCGCUGCCACUUCCCCCAGAGGAUGAAGAGCCACCUGCCCCAACUCUCCUAGAGCCCGAGAAAAAGGCACCCGAGCCCCCCAAGCCUGACAAGGCAGGGGCAGCCCCGCCUAGCACAGAAGAACGCAAGAAAAAGCCUCCCAAAAGCAAGAAGCGUCCCCAGGCGGCCAGCAAGACUGAGGACUAUGGACUGGGCCCAGGGCGGAGUGGCUCCUAUGUCUCAGUGCCCACAGAUCUGCUGCAUCACACCGCCGGGGGCUCCAUCUCUCGCUUUGGCUACCCCCAGACGCCUGUGACACUCUACACCCAGAACCAGCCUCUUCCCGCAGGGGGCCCUCGCCUGGAUACCACAUAUCGCCCGGUAAGGAUGCCAGUACCCAAGCUCCAGACCCGCCCAUCAUACUCUGGGGUGAUGCCUUCACCCAUAACUGGGGUCAUAAGCAUCGACCCUUCCUACAAGACUCCUGUGUACCGGCAACAGCAGCCCCCCGUGCCACAGGGCCAACUUCUCCGUCAGCAGCUCCAGGCCAAGCUGAGUCAGGGGAUGUUAGGCCAACCACCUGUCCGUCAGAUGACCCCAACUUCCUCCUAUGGUUCACUGCAGGCUUCCCAGGGCUACACUCCCUACGGUUCCCACAUUGGACUACAGCAGCACACUGGCCCAACUGGCACAAUGGUGCCACCCAGCUACUCCGGCCAACCCUACCAGAGCCCCCAUCCUGCCGCCAACCCCACCCUCGUGGACCCUGCACGCCACCUCCAGCAGAGGCCCAGUGGCUAUGUGCACCAGCAGGCCCCAGGCUAUGGGCAUGGGCUGCCCACCACUCAAAGGUUUGCCCACCAGUCACUACAGCAGACCUCCAUGAUGGGGACCAUGACCCCCUUGAGUGCUCAGGGGGUCCCCACCGGCGUCCGUCCCAGUCCCAUCCUGCCCGAGCAGCAGCAGCAACAGCAGCAGCAACAGCAGCAGCAGCAGCAGUACCACAUUCGGCAGCAGCAGCAGCAGCAACAGAUCCUGAGGCAGCAGCAGCAGCAACAGCAGCAGCAGCAGCAGCAGCAGCAGCAGCAACAGCAGCAGCAGCAGCAGCAGCAGCAACAGCAGCAGCAGCAGCAGCAGCAGGCUGCACCCCCGCCACCUCAGCCGCAGCCGCAGCCCCAGGUAGCCGCCGUGCCACAGCCCCAGGCUCAGGGACAGCCGCCCGGGCUGGGCAUGCAGCCCAUUUUCCAGCGGCAGGGCCUCCAGCAGACCCAACAACAGCAGCAGACAGCAGCCCUGGUCCGCCAGCUCCAGCAGCAGCUUUCCAAUACCCAGCCUCAGCCCAACACCAACAUGUUUGGACGAUACUAAGCCACCCGAAGGAGCUGCCCGUUGACUGGACCUGACCCUGGCCCCUUCCUUGGGCUCCAUUUUUAAUGAGUUUUUAGUAUUUUUGUUAAGAUGAGGCUGCCGCACUGUCGGGUUUUGUACGCUAUUUAUACAGACACCCUGGGGCUGGCUGCAGCACCCAAUUACACAGAGCCUCUUUGCAAA